AUGUCGGAUCAUAAAAUAUUCACUCGGUAUAAAGCCAAUGAAAUAAGGGCAGAAUUGCAGAGUUUCGAAGUUAAGAAAUCAAAGGUAAGUGCUAACAAAAGGAAGGAUGGAUUGAAAAAGAUAAUUGCUAAUUUAACUUUGGGGAAUUACAAUGAAAUGGCUUAUUUGGCUCCUGAAAUAUUGAAAUUUUGGAAAAUCGAAGACGAUUUAGAAGUCAAAAGAAUUUGUCACGAAUAUGUAAGAUCGUUUGGAAUUGUUAACCCUAAAAAUACAGUGGAGGCCUUACCUUUCAUCCUAAAUGAUCUGAAGAACAGAAAUGAAAAAAUACAAAUUAUGGCUCUGAAGACGUUAGUAGCUGUACCGUCUGCUGAAUUUAUUGAUGAGGCAUCCAGAAUCAUACCAUCAUUCGUUAAUCGUCGAUCCGUGCCUCCAGAUGUCACUAGAACCGCCAUUUACGCAUUGAAGCGAUUGGAUGAAGUAAAUCAUGAUAGAGUAGUGGAAUGUUUACCAUUUUUGUUGGAGUUGAUCCAACGUGAAAAUGUAGACCCCAUUAUUCAUGUUGCUGCCUUAAACACACUAAAUAGCAUACAUGAAUCCAAUCCAAAUUUGCAGCCGCUCAAACUCAGCAUGGAGACCGCUUUCAAUUCAUUAGAUCUUUUACAGACUCUCAAUGAAUGGGACAAGGCAUUGGUAUUAGAUGCUUUGACGAUAUCAGCUGUUCCGGGAUCCCAUGAGGAUGCUUAUGAAAUGAUUGAUAUUGUUUUACCUCAACUCCAACAUGUAAAUACAUUUGUUGCGCUAAAUGCUUUCAAAUUCAUCGCAUACCUCUUGAAUUACGUGGAUAGCGUAAAUGAAAGUCUGAUCAAACGGUUUUCCAACUCAAUUAUUUCCCUACUGAACAAGCCACCGGAACUGCAAUUUCUUGUUCUGCGAAAUGUUAUUUUACUGUUAUUGAGUAGAGAUGUACCUCUUUUGAAUUUGGAUGUUUCAUAUUUUUUCAUUGAAUUUACUGAUCCUAUUUUCAUCAAGGAUACUAAAUUAGAAUGCCUUUAUUUACUAGCAAAUGAGGAGACGUUGCCACGCAUACUAGAGGAACUGGAGCAGUAUGCCACUGAUAUUGAUAUUCAAAUGUCUCGUAAAGCUAUUAGAGCCAUUGGUAAUCUUGCAGUAAAGUUGAAGCAUCAUUCGGCUUCAGAAUGUGUGACGGCCCUAUUAGAUCUUUUGGAAUUUGGUGUUGAAUAUGUGGUCCAAGAAAUAAUAUCGGUAUUCAGGAAUAUUUUGAGAAAACACCCCAGUGAAUUCAAAUCCUGUAUUAAAGACCUGGUCAAGUACACGGACUCUGUGCAAGAACCAGAAUCGAAAAAUGCAAUGAUCUGGAUCAUUACAAAUUAUUCUGACAACAUGUCGAAUUAUUUGCAAAUAUUCCAGAUCUUUUCGUCCAAGUUUUUGGAAGAAACAUUAGAUGUGCAAUUCUCAAUAUUGAACUCAAGUGUCAAAUUUUUUGUCAGAGAUCCUAAUCCCAAGACUGAAAAAAUAUGCAUGCAAAUGCUUAAAAGUUGUACAGAAGACAGUAAUAAUCCGGAUUUAAGAAAUCGAGCAUUCAUGUAUUGGAGCUUACUAUCAUUAGCUCAAACGGAUAAGGCCCACCUGCUGUCAAAUGAAUCCUUAAAAAAUAUUUUGGAUGGUGAACUACCAGUCAUUGAACUAAACACAAAACUUGAUCCAGUGAUCCUCGAAGAGCUAGAGUUAAACAUAGGAACAAUUGCAUCUAUAUACCUGAAACCUGUUUCGCAGAUUUUCAGAAAUACUCGGCCAAGGUAUUUGUUGCCAAGUCCUGCGUUAAACAAGAGUAGGGGACAAUUAAAAAUACUACAUGACACUAAAAAUUGGAAUAAUUUAGAAUCGCUAGAUACUCUACACGAAGAUUUUUCAAAUAACAGAUCUGACAAGUCAGCGCACAAAAAGUCAAUGAUGAAUGAUUACGACAAGCCAGCAGAAACCGUUAAUCAAUUGAAAGGUAAAAGAAAAUCAAGCUCAACAAGUCCUUCGAAAUUGUCACGUAAGCCUUCAAUGUUAGUCCGGAAGUUAUCAAUCAGAAAACCAUUUUCCUAA